AUGCCUGUGCUGGUCUUGGGCCUCGGCGCCCUCCACCCCCCAGAGGACUCCAUUUCCCAGAGAGCCGGUUCCCUGACUUCCUAUUCUCGGCUCCUCCCCAGCGGGGCAGCAUCCUGGGCAUGCUGGGAACUCAUCUGGCCGAUCUCAGCUCCUGGAAGGUUUCCUGCUGUGCUUCUAGGAUCUUUGCUAGAGACUAAUUUUGAAGUGAAGGAGAUGUCUACAAAGCUGAGACAUUUUGUGGAAGGAUCUGGCCCCCAAAGAUGCAUGAAUGGGGUUCCCCAUGACUUCAUUUUGAGAGAAAUCUGUGACUCUGACAUCCAGGGCUCAUUAACAUUCAAGGAUGUGGCUAUGAACUUCACCCAGGAAGAGUGGUGCCUAUUGGACCAUUCUCAGAAGGAACUGUACCUGGAGGUCAUGCUGGAGAAUGUGCAGAAUCUACUCUCUGUGGGUCUUCCAGUUCCUAGAGAAUAUUAUACCUCCUAUUUUCAGCAAGAGAAAGCACCAUGGCUGCUAGUACAAAAAGGCCCCAGGAACUCCUCUCCAGAAACUAAUUUUGAAGUGAAGGAGAUGUCUACAAAGCUGAGACACUUUGUGGAAGGAUCUGGCCCCCAAAGAUGCAUGAAUGGGGUUCCCCAUGACUUCAUUUUGAGAGAAAUCUGUGACUCUGACAUCCAGGGCUCAUUAACAUUCAAGGAUGUGGCUGUGGACUUCACCCAGGAAGAGUGGUGCCUAUUGGACCAUUCUCAAAAGGAACUGUACCUGGAGGUCAUGCUGGAGAAUGUGCAGAAUCUACUCUCUGUGGGUCUUCCAGUUCCUAGAGAAUAUUGUACCUCCUAUUUUCAGCAAGAGAAAGCACGAUGGCUUCUAGAACAAAAAUGCCCCAGGAGCUCCUCUCCAGAGGCAGAGACUAAUUCCGAAGUGCAGCAGAUUUCUACAAAACUGAGAAUUUUUGUGGAACGAUCUGACCCUGAAAGAUGGAUGAAUGAGGGAUACCAUGACUUCAUUUUGAGAGAAAUCUGUGACUCUGAUAUGAAGAUAAACAAAAAUCUAAAGAGUGAAUGUGAAUUUGAUGACCGUUCAGAGAAAUUCAGUCAAUGUUCAGUCCUAAAUCAGUUUAUGAAUGUGACCUCAGGAAAUUACUAUUGGCAGGAGAGUCAAUACAGCAAAUGGUUUCCUGAAAAAUUAGGACUUGUUCAGUCGAAUGAGAAACCUUCUGAAAAGCUCAUGUCUCAGGGCAACCUAGGAGGAAUGGCCUUUGGCUACAGUUUAGACUUCAUUAGACAUCCAAAAAGUACAUGGGUAGAGGUGGUUUCUCUGAAGGAAGAAGUUGAGAAACAUUUCAGUCAAAACUCUGAUCUUGCCACACAUCAAAUAAUCAAUUCAGGAGAGAAACCUUUUGAAUGUAAACAAUGUGGAAAGGCUUUCAAACAAAGGGGCUCUCUUGUAGUACAUUACAGAAUCCACUCUGGAGAAAAACCUUAUGAAUGUAAACACUGUGGAAAAGCUUUCAAACAGAGCAAUCAUCUUGUUGCACAUCAAAAUGCCCACAGUGGAGAGAAACAUUAUGAAUGUAAACACUGUGGAAAGGAUUUCUCACGUGAGGGAUCUCUCACUAGACAUCAAAAAAUCCACACUGGAGAGAAACCUUAUGAAUGUAAACAGUGUGGAAAGGCUUUCAUGCUGAGUUGCUAUCUUGUUGCACACCAGAGAAUCCACACUAGAGAGAAACCUUAUGAAUGUAAACAGUGUGGGAAGGCUUUUAUAGAGAGAAGAUAUCUGGAUAAACAUCAGAGAAUCCACACUGGAGAUAAACCUUAUGAAUGUAAGCAGUGUGGAAAGGCUUUUACACGUAGCAGCUCUCUUGCUACACAUCACCUAAUCCACAGUGGAGAGAAACCUCAUGAAUGUAAACACUGUGGAAAGGCUUUCACAGAGAGAAGAUCUCUGGCUAAACAUCAGAGAAUCCAUACUGGAGAGAAACCUUUUGAAUGUAAAGAGUGUGGAAAGGCUUUCAUAGAGAGAGGAACUCUCACUAAACAUCAGAGAAUCCACACUGGAGAGAAACCUUUUGAAUGUAAGCAGUGUGGAAAGGCUUUUAUAUAUAGAGUAUCUCUCACUAAACAUCAGAAAAUCCAUACUCUAGAGAAACCUUAUGAAUGUAAACAAUGUCAAAUGGCCUUCAGAGAGAGAGGAUCUCUAACUAAACAUCAGAGAAUCCACACUAGAGAGAAACCUUUUGUAUGUAAACAGUGUGGAAAGGCUUUCCAACAUAGCAGAUCUCUUGCAACACAUCAACUAAUCCACGCUGGAGAGAAACCUUAUGAAUGUAAACAAUGUGGAAAAACUUUUACUCGAAGGGGCUCUCUUGUAGAACACCAUAGAAUCCACUCUGGAGAGAAACCUUAUGAAUGUAAACAUUGUGGAAAGGCUUUCACACAGAGAAGUCAUCUUGCUGCACACCAGAGAAUCCACACUGGAGAGAAACCUUAUGAAUGUAAACAGUGUGGGAAGGUUUUCACAUAUAGUGGAUCUCUUUCUAAGCAUCAAAAAAUCCACACUGGAGAGAAACCUUAUGAAUGUAAACAGUGUGGAAAGGCUUUCAUAGAGAGAGGAACUCUAACUAAACAUCGGGGAAUCCACAAUGGAGAGAAACCUUUUGUAUGUAAACAGUGUGGAAAGGCUUUCACAUAUACAGUAUCUCUUGCUCAACAUCAGCUAAUCCACACUGGAGAGAAACCUUAUGAAUGUAAACAGUGUGGAAAAACUUUUCCACGUAGCAGCUCUCUUGCUACACAUCAGCUAAUCCACACUGGGGAGAAACCUUUUGAAUGUAAAUACUGUGGAAAGGCUUUCACACAGAGAAGUCAUCUUGUUGCCCAUUGGAGCAUUCAUACUGGAGAGAGGCCUUAUGAAUGUAAACAGUGUGGAAAAACUUUCCCACGUAGCAGCUCUCUUGCUAAACAUCAGCUAAUCCAUACUGGAGAGAAACCUUAUAAAUGUAAACACUGUGGAAAGGCUUUCACACAGAGGAGUCAUCUUGCUGCACAUCAGGGCAUCCAUACUGGACACAGUAAUCUUCAAUAUGAACAGUGAAGAAAGGCUUUUCCACAUAAGAAAUCCCUUGCUACACAUCAGCUAAUCCACUCUAUAGAAAAACUUUAUGAAUGUAAAAAUUGUGGAAAGACUUUUAAAGAAAAGGCCUCUCUUGUAGUGCAUUAUAGAAUCCAUUCUGGAGGGGAACCUUCGUAAUAUAAAGACUGAAAGGCUUUUACACAGAGAAGUGUGGAAGUGAGAAAUUGGGAAUGGUUUGUGGAAGAGUUGGAAUAGAUCUGACUGCUGACCUCUCAUUUGAACGAGAACGUUCUGUUUGGAAUGUGACCAGGAGAAAUGAUUGGAGGUAGGAUCUGACCACCAGACGUCUGGAGUCUCUUGGCUUUGGAGACAGAAUGUAGAGGAGUCUCUUUGCUUUUGAGACAAAAGUACAAAAUCCAGCUCUCUUGAUUUCUCUGCUGUGAUACAGUGACUGAACUUCCAGACCUUUUAGCCCAUUUCCCCAAACUGAACUAUAUUUUGGAGACAGAAUGUAGAGGAGUCUCUUUGCUUUUGAGACAAAAGUACAAAAUCCAGCUCUCUUGAUUUCUCUGCUGUGAUACAGUGACUGAACUUCCAGACCUUUUAGCCCAUUUCCCCAAACUGAACUAUAUUUUGGAGACAGAAUGUAGAGGAGUCUCUUUGCUUUUGAGACAAAAGUACAAAAUCCAGCUCUCUUGAUUUCUCUGCUGUGAUACAGUGACUGAACUUCCAGACCUUUUAGCCCAUUUCCCCAAACUGAACUAUAUUCCACCAUCCUCCAAGCUAGGACUUAUUCUAGUAUAAUGGAAACCUCAAACCCUCUUUCCUUUCGUUUCUCUAUCUUUCCAUUCUUCCCCUAAGAAACCCUUAUUUAAUCUUAGAGAAGAGAAUGAGUAUUUUAUUUGAGAUAUUAUAAACUCACCCUGAGUUGAUUUAAAAAUACCAAAUAGAAGAAGCAAUUGGAUGGAAGGGUAAAGGGAGAAAGGAAGAUUAAUAGCCCUGAUAUUUAUGUAUCAUUUAUACUUAAAAUAAUCCCUUUUUACAAUUUGGCAUCCUGAACUGACUGAAUUCACAAUCCUGAAUAGAUUAUAUAAGAGGAAAGCAGAAAAAGACAAAAAUGUUUAAGCAAGUCAUCUUUGGGGUGAUAGUACUAGCAGCUAUUGCAGGAUAUUGGAUAUACAAUAUCAUAUGUAGUACAAUGACAAAUGUGAUUUUAGAUUCAGUUGGAUAUAUAGCUAAAACUACAACUUUUAUAUUAAAAAUGUGUUUUCCAAAAGAUGCAAUAUUCUGGGAAAUACUGAUACAUCUACAUUGUUAUGGCUUCAAUGCAAACUCUCACCUACAUGAAGAAUGUUUAUAGGUGUGUAAUUCCUAAAACUACAGCACAGAUCAUGGUAAUGGAUACUGAUUUGGAAACACUGGUUAAGAACAUGUUUGAGGAAUUCUUAAAGGCAAAAGGGCUCGAUCAGAUAAAGGAUAAAGGGAAAUGGUCAGGCAGGCAAUGCACCUAACGAUAAAGGAAGGCCAAGAACACAAAGUUGGAUCCUUGCAAAGGGCAAGGAAUAGGACACCAAGGCACAUAACGAGGCUGAAAAUAUAUAUCCACUUAAAAACAUUACCAAGAUAUCUGAUACAGCUGGAGUGUUGCACUCCAAGGUUCAUAAGCAGUUUAAUAUUCAGGAAUAGAGUCCAUGAAGAAAAGGUUUCCAAAGUUAAUAUCUGAGCCCCACAGAACACAUGGAACUGAAAUGUACUUUUUGUAUUUUUGAACCCCGUUUUGAGGAUGUGCAAUUUCUUGUGGCAUAACAUUUUAGCCCCCAUUAGCAUUGCCAAUUUAUUGAUAAAACUGGAUCAGAAAGCACUCUGACAAGCUGACCAACAGAGGAGCAAAGGGAGGACUUUGAUUUCUCUAAUAUUAGCAUGACCUAUCUAAGGAAAUGCAAGGAGGACUUGUUCUAAGCCCUUAAAAUGUGUUGCUCAAAACCAACUGCUUGAUGAAAAUUUGAUAGGAUGGUGAAAGACGAGGGAGAACAUCCAGCUUCAUUUAUUGAUUGAUGAAAUAUUGAUUUCUUUGUGGCAUUGACAUGGGUACUUGUACCUCCAGAAGCUCAGGGAAACUAUCAUCAGGGAAAUUCCUUUGCUCCCUUACGUCUUCAUGACUCCUAGCCUAAAACAUCCAAUGACCCCUAUAGGACCCUGAAAUGAUUGUCCUCCUUUGAUCCUCUUUUAGAUUUAAGAUAGACAGAGAGAUGCACCUCCAGGCUACACCUCGAUCCUAUCAGGCUACAUCUCAGACAUCUGCCUGUUCCCUAAAACUAAGGAAUAUUUAUGAGGGUCAUUCCCUUUGUAGGCAGACCCCAGUCAGAUGACCAACCCACCCCACCAAAUACCUGAGUGAAGAUCACUCCAGAGUCACAUCCACACUAUGAUCAAGAGUAUAAAAUCCCCAGAAUUGAUGGGUUCUGGGAGCAGCCUUCCAUCUUGCUGUUCCACCUUGCUAUCCUGGCUAUUCUCAACAUUAUUUAACCUAAAUUAAUAAAUUUCUCUUUUUGUUUUUAAGCUAA